CUGACUUCGUCGUGUAGCCUAACGUCGCUUGGGCUUCAAGAAAGAUUUUGAGUCUUCCUCAACUUAUUUCCCAGUGAAGACACAUCAAGAUCGUGUUACCUUGUAUCUUGGUUUCUUUGGUAAUGCGAUAUCUGCAGUAUUUGUAAGCUAACAAUUACACUGAUCAAAUGAUAACAGAAGCCCAAAAUUGGCAGCAUCUAAGCCAACCAAGCACCUCUCUUCUCAUAAAGAAACAGAUGUCCAUUUAUCUACUUUGCUCUUCUCUUUCUUGUGCAAAGAUAACUGCGUCACGAGAACCAGCAUAGACCUAGAGAGAAGAGACCCUCUUUCACAAGUCACUUCUGUUGACCUAUCUAUCCCUCACCCUCUCUACCUUCCACGUCGUUGCACCACAUCAUCAAAGCCAAAACUCAUACACAAGGUAAUACGUGUCAGAUCCCGUGGAAAUUAAUGUGAAGGAGAAGGACUUGGACAGUUUCAUGCGGUAGAACUUCAAACGAUCAUGAUUUGCUAGGAACACUUGAACAAGAGAGAUAGGAUAAAGACUUUUGUGAAUCGUGGCUACCAAGAAAGUGGAAGAAAGAAAUUAGAACCCCAGAAGUUACUUGUUUUAAACAACGAAAGACCAAGAAUUUGAGAAUUAGAUUCAGAACAAUCAUUGAGGGGUAGCAAUCAAAGGAAAGAUCCAACGAAAUGAAUGCUGCAGCUACUGGUAUUAAUGUGCAGAACUUCCACAUUCAAGAUCAAGAGGGAAAACCUCCAUCCAUAAUCCCCAUCAAGGUUCAAGAAUCAAGCGUCCAGAUGGAAACCGCGACGGUGGCGGGGCUGUUAGUCCAGAGGCUCUUUCGAGCCCUCUUCUUUGUUCACACCCUCCUAAUCGCCAUACUAGUAAUCUGCCUCACCAUCCGUGGCCUCCUCUCCUCCCACAACCACCAUUUUCACCCUAAGAAGUGGUAUCCUCCACUCCUUGCAUCAACAGCAUGUGCUGGGAUUGUGGCUUUCACAUGGCAAUGGUUUACUUUCCGCAACCCUUCAAGAGCCCUGAGAGCAGCCUUCUGGCUUAGCCCCUUGCUAACCUGUGCAGCAGGCGUGCUGUUUGUAUUAAUUAGUUCUACUGCAAGUUUAACAAUAGGCGUCAUUUCUAUAGUUCUUGCCCUGAUUCUAUCCCUUUAUGCUUGUUGGGUGAAUCCUCGAUUCGAUUAUGCCACCAAGGUUUUGUCAGUUACUGCUGCUUCCCCUCCUGCCAAGACCACCGCAUUAAUCAACCUCUCAAUCAUCCUAAGCUUUUUGUAUUCCUGUUUCUUGGUAUCUGGGAUUGGCGGAGCCACUGCUGUUGGAACUGUGAUAGACACUUCGUUCAUUUUGGUGAUCCUUGCGAGCCUGGCAUGGAGUAUGCAAGUGAUGAAAAACACAUUGCAAGUUACAAUUGCACGCAUCAAGUACCUACACUUUGCAUCUGGGGCAGAUAUGGACUCGAGAAUAGCUUUACGGGACACAAUCAAAUAUUCAAUGGGAAGUGUGUGCCUCAGCUCAGUCCUUGUGCCGAUAAUUACCGUAAUCCGGGGUUCAGCGCGAGCAAUUAGUUUGAUUGCAGGGGGCACAGACGAGUUCUUGUUUUCCUGUGCUAAUUGUUAUUCUGCUGUUGCCGCAACACUAGUUAACUAUGGGAAUCGGUGGGGUCUUGUGCAAGUAGGGGUUUAUAAUAAGGGGUUUGUGCAGGCAUCCAUGGACACAUGGGAGUUGCUCAGGAGAGUUGGGUUAGAGCCUAUAAUUGACAGGGAUCUGACAGGGUCUUUCUGUUUCCUUUGUGGGAUGGCAGGAGGUGCGAUAUGCACCCUUGUUGGAGGAACAUGGACAUUUGCCGUUCACAAGAGCUAUGCUACAGAAGUGUCAAUCUAUGCAUUCCUGAUUGGCUACUUCAUGUGUCGGAUAGCAAUGGCAUGGCAACAAUCAUGUGUUGCAGCUUACUACAUUGCUUACACAGAGAACCCAGAGAACCCACGGCUUGACCCAACUAUACUAUUUCGCAUUCAAGAAUUUCAGAGACGUGGAGCUUAACAAUCAUCUGAAGCUAACUUCAUCUC